AUGGAGGAGGCGAUGUCCCAAGGCAUAAAUCCUCGACGGAAACGAGCCAGCAAAGCUUGUGUAGCGUGUCGCUCCCGUAAGGUUCGAUGCGAUGUCACUCAUAGACCCCAUCAGUGCACCAACUGUGCCCUUGACAAUAUUCAAUGUGUUGUUAAGGACAGACGCACCAAAUAUCGCAAACGCUCUCCUGUGGUGGUCGAAAAACAACAGCGGAUGCAGUUCAGAAACAGUUUGCAGGUAAUUUUACCAAAGGACCCAAGUUCUGCUGCAUCGGAUGAUCUGGAUUCGCCAAACGAUGCCUGUUUAGAACCAGGCUUGUCAGUGGAAUGUGGCCCUGAAAGCCCAUCUAUGUGCUUCGACGCGCUUUGGGAUCAACCUGAGAUAGACUUUCCUACCGAAAGACUCAUCCAAGGUCCAAUAGAGAGUCGCGAGAAGGAAGCUGGGAUCUUCGAGAUGGUUCUGAACCAGCGGAAAGAUUCUGAAUUCAGCAUUGUCUCGGAGAAGUCUCGGGAUCAUCAAACAGAGUCUAAGCCAGCCUCCAGCUCCGAUGCAACAAUGUCAGGUCAAUCACACAUUAUAUAUUCAUACUACUCUUUCCUCGAUCUCGAUAUCUCUGGCUUAUUACCCGAUGACAUAAACUACCUUGAAGCCCAAGGCUGCUUUCGAGUCCCCACUCCAGAAGCCUUGGAUGAGUUUGUUCAAGAGUAUUUUUUACAUGUUCAUCCGGCACUCCCGUUGUUGGAUGAAGCUUGGUUCUGGGCUAUCUAUUCACGGUCUGUACGCGGCAGAUCAAACCUCUCUCUCUUCGUCUUUCAGGCCAUGCUAUUUACUUCAUGUAGUUUCCUACCAUUUUCAACCAUCCGCAGUCUUGGAUUUGCUUCAGUACACAAUGCGCGGAACACAUACUACCGUCGUAGUAAACUGUUGUUCGAUCUUUGUAGUGAGAGGAACCUUGUGUCCAGUGCGCAAGGGGCACUUUUGCUGUCAUACAAUGGAGCAAUGAAGGAUCAGAAACGCACCAAUUCUAUCUGGCUAUCAACUGCAAUCCACCUAGCUCAGGCCGCAGGGGCAGAUCAGUUCCAUGCCAGCUCAAACCCAAGUUUGACUUCGGUAAAUGAGCUGAAACGACUGUGGUGGUGCUGUGUAGUACGGGACCGAAUCCUGCCUCUUGGGAUGCGAAGACAGCUACAUAUCACAUCGCUGGAUUUGGCCAACUCCAACUACUUGCCUACUGAGAAAGACUUCUGGCGAGAGAUUGACGGGUCUCGGGUCUAUGCACCACAGACCAAACGAACCCUAGUCCGAUUAUUUAUCACGCUGUGUGAGCUGACUGUUCCGCUCACUGAUGUCAUCAAGAUCGUCUAUCCAACAGGCCGCUUGACCGAUAUCCAUUCCCCAGUUAUGCGUGACGCCGAAAAGGGAAGAGAAUCGCUGCAGUCUUGUGAAGCUGGCUUGGAAGCUUGGUUCGAAAGGGCAACCAUCCAGUUUCCAACGCCUGCCGGUAUCACUACUCGAGAAGGGUCUCUUGUGUUAUACACAAACUUACUCUACAUAUACUAUCAUGCUGCUUGCUUUGCACUUUAUCAGCACAAAGCCUUCAUCAUUAGCCAGGAACAAGCCAAAACGACUUCAGAGCUGCAGCAGACCAAAAGCAAAAUCGAGGAUGCCGCGCUCGGCAUCACAGAAAAUCUGAAAGAGCUCAUCCACCUGAGGUUAGAAAGGUAUUUGCCAAUCAGCAUUGCUGCAUAUAUUGCUGUUCCCCUAGUACUCCACAUCCUUGAUGUGAGACUUGCAAAGAGGCCACUGCAAAUAGCCCAGAAGCAGGGAAAGUUAAAUGUCUAUGUUGAAACGAUGAAGACUAUGCAGAAGCUCUACGAGGGCGUUGAUGAUGUUUGGACCUUUAUCAGAACAGCCAUCGAUUAUGCAACUAUACAGGACGCAGAGAAUGUGACAAGCUCACAGAACAGUCUCUGCAUCGAUGCUGUCGGAUGUAUAGGAUCGAAAUCCCAACUCACAACAGACAAAGAGUAUGCCAAUGACUGGGGUAAUGUCCUCGUUAUGGAACCUGUUUUGUAUUUCCGGCUUUCUCGAACUAUCGACCACUCAUUGGCUCUUGGGCGAUACUCUGAAGGCUCUACAGUUGGCCUCGCUGCACCUCGUUCAGCGCGUCUGCCUUCUCCUAGACUCUUUACCAUCGACAUAGAUUCCCCUAAACAAGCAGUCGAUGACACUACUUGCGAGCAUCACCAAGCAUCUGCUGAGAACGGGGAUAGAGAGCCCGAGGCUGGUCAAGAUCAGUUUUUACUGGUACCUCAGAUGCUGGAGGACAUUGAUGAGUUUGUUACUUAUGACUUUGGAAUAGAAAAUCUAUAA